UACAAUUAGAGAAAAAAGAGGAAACAAAAAUGAAACAUAUGGAAAGAAAGGUAGAAGAAGUAAGAAAAAGGAGUAAUUAUAUGACAUUGAAAAAGAAGCCGAAGAGAAAAACUAUAAUAGAAAUACAUAUGGUAAUAAUGCAGGAUUGUAAACAGGAGGAAUGGGAAUUAAACAGAGCAGAAUUUUUAGAAAUUUGCUUGAAUGAAUGGUUAAAAUGUGAGGAUUUAACUGAAGACGUAAUGGACAAAGAAGUUAUGAUGAAAGGAGAAAAGGAAUGUAUUGAUGUAUCAUUAGAAAAACAGAAGAUGUUAUCGAAGAAAUGGAUAGAAAGACAAAGAAAGAUGUUGGAAAAGUGGAAAAAGGAAGAAUGGUUUAAAAAUUUGAAAGAAGAAUGGAAAAGGGAGGAAAAUAUGUAUACAGAAACAAAAGAUAAAUUAGAAUUCAUGGAUAAACAAGAUAAAAUAGAGAGUAAUCCUACAUUAGAGAUGAAAAAAGAAAUAUGGAAGCAGUGGAUACGGAGUCAAAGGAGGGUAUUCAUAGAAUAUUAUAAGGAGAGAUGGUUUAUGGAGUCGUUAGAAGAAUAUGAGAAGGAACAACAUGAAUUUAUAAAAGAAAAAAACGAAGAAAGCGUAGAAGAAAAAAAAAAUAAUUCAGAGAAGAAGAAAAGAGAAUCAGGAAUAAUAAAGGAGGAAGUAGAUAAGAAAAUAAAGAAGGAAAGGUUAAUAUCUAAUAUGUGUGCAGAGAUACAUAUGAUGGUAUUAGACCAAUGUAAAAAGGAAGAGAUAGAGUCCAUGACAAAUGAGUUUCUUAAAUCAUAUAUAGAACAAAAGAAAGAACAUGAAGAACUUCUUGAACAAGAAAUGGGAAAUAAAAAAGUAGAUGAAAUAGAAAAAGAAAGGGAAAUGAAUAUUAUGAUAGAGAAGAAAAAAGAAAAAUGGGAGUGUUGGAAAAAAGAGGAAUGGUUUCAGGAGUUGAAGUUGAAUUGGAAAAAGGAAAUGAUACAUAUGAAAGAAAUAACGGAUACUAUAAGAGAAGAAGUAGUAAAUCCCAUGUUGAAAACACAAGUAAUUGAGAAACAGUGGCAAGAGAAACAAAGGAAUAUUUUAAAGAAACGGAAUAGACAAAAUGUACAUGAAAGAUCAAUGAACAACAACAAAGAUGAAGAAGCGAUAGAGAAAGAAAAUGAUGAAGGCGACUUAAAAAAAUGGGAUAUUACAAUAUUAUAA